AAACCCAUCAAGUUUCAUAGUCAUGUAAAAAUAUGUCUAAAAGUUGUGCAUAUCCUCAUUCUUUUUUGCCAAUUCUCUGUUUCAGAAGACACGCCUCUUAAAAUAAAUAUUCAUCAAGUGCUCUAUUUUUAUUUUAUGGCUGGCACAGGUUUCAAUAUACAAACGGAUACCCAAGAAGAUGAAAAUACGGAAGAGAAGAGCCAUUUCCUUACUAUCAUUAACGUUCAAUAAGUAAUAAUUGAUCAUUGUAAGCCGUAUAUUUCGCGUUAUCGUUUUCGAUUAUCAUUAUGUUAGGAUCGAUAUAAAUAUAAAAAUAGACUCGGAUUUUAUUUUGAACUAUAUUUAGACUUCUAAAAUCCUCGCGACGUUUCUCAUUGGCUUGACAGCGACUGCAAAGAAAUUAAGCUCCAAGAUUCAAAACUGUAAUACUUUCCAAACUAUCUGUAUAAAACUUAACCAUAACUUUAAAAUGGAAUCAGAAAAUGAUGUGCAAAUACGAGAGAAGCAUUAUGAAGCAAGGAGUAGUUGCUGUUAUGAUAUUAAUUUUACUUGGUGUGUUGAUAGGUAUCUCACUAACCAUUCUGAGCGUUAAAAAAAAUAACAAGAGCGAAGCGGCGCCGAUUGUUGGGGCCGAAAAGCCCGCCAGAUGGACAAAUCCUUGUAAUACCACUAGAACACACAUUUCAACAGAUUUAAAGGUUCCUGUGAUUUCAGACUUCGAAAAAAUUCAGAAUAUUAAUGAAAAACUGAUUGAUCUACGGGAUAUAUCAAAAGCAUUGCGGGAUAGACUGGCAAAGGAGCGAAUAAAGAACGAACCACUCGUGCAAGCCCUCCACACACAACACAUAGACGGAUUUCCCAACACUAAUGUUUCCCAACAGGAUCUGGAAGAAUACACGAAAAAUGUGACAUUAGCUUACGUACGAAGCUACAGAGAUUUAUCAAAAGUUGCAAUAUUCUUGGAGGCCAGCUUAGAAGACGAAGAAAAAUACGAAUAUGGAAGUUGGUCCCCUGAAUUCAAAAAUAAAGAGGACAGUGUCUACAAACUACUCUGUGAAAUACAUAACGCCAUCACAGACGAUGGCGCUACCAUUGAGUACGAGUCACGUGAUAUUGUCCCAUCGAACAUGCUCAGUGUAUCUGAUCGUUUUUUGAGACAGGUGCGUGAUUACGUCAUCGUCAGAGAUUGUGCCACACUGUGCCAAAGUUUCUUGGACAUGAAUGAAGUGAUUAUCAGGUCCUUGAACAGUACCUAGUGCUAGUCAUUCCGUGUUCUGGUUUAACGAUGAGGGCAGCAAUUUCAUUUUAAAAUAAUUCAUGAUUUCUGAUAAAAAAAAAAUAUUUUCAUUUCUCUGUUUCAUACAUACAAAACUUUUAUUUUUCAUGGUCAUUAAAAAAAUUAUUUGAAUUUUCAUUAUUUUGAUCAAAAUUCAGCAAAAGAUCUUGCCUCAUUUUAGAACAUGGACAAUUUAUUCCCAUAUCAUUUUUACAGCUGUUUUGAAUACCAUAUCAUCCUUUCUGUGAUCUCGUUGUGCUUCAGUUUUGUGUAAAAAUGGAAUUAUAUAUGUUCGAUAUUUUUUCACUGCCAGACUUGAGUAGUUUAUUAUUUAUUUUUUUUUUUUACCAAUUUGUAUUCAAUCAUUUAUUCAUGUUCAAAUGUCUGUAUGAAAGUAAUUUUAUAUUGAAGCUUUGCGAGUUGUCAGGAUCACUCCACCUUAAGAUACUUAAGCUAUAUGUAUGAUCUCAUUGUAUGUUAUACCGGUAUUUUUUUCUCAUACUUUAACGUUUUUAUUGAAAAGCUCUGAGUGGGAUGAAAACCACCCCAAACACUGUCCUAUAAUUUUGUGCGUGUUCUCUUUCAGAUCUGAAAUUUAGAUUUUUCUGUUGAACCUUUUUUAUUUUAGUAAAGAAAAAAAUCUAUACUCAAGAAAAAAAGUUGAUGUUUUUUAUGUUCUAACAUGACAAAUAUUUAAAAUUUUUAACACUUUCAAAUUUUUAAAUUUCAUUAUUUGUAGAAAAUAAUUUGUGUAUAGAAAAUAUAUAUAUACUUCUUAUAAGAAUGUGAUUGUCUCAGUAUGUAUUUAAUUUAUUUAUUUAUUUUUCAAUUAUAUUUCAAUUACUUGCAUUUAUUUUUAUAUUUUUCCAUUGAA